AGCUGAGACCAGCGAUGCCGCCGCGGCCUGAAUCCAGCCCCUGUCGGGACAUGAAACCAGAAAACAUAAUUAACCUGUUUGAUGCUGCUGCUCCUGACAUCAGUGUCACAUCCCCAACACAGGUACGGACUGUUAUCUGUUACCUCUGGAGCUCAGCUGGUAGAGCACUGCGCUGGUAGGCGCUGGUAGAGCACGGCGCUGGUAGAGCACGGCGCUGGUAGAGCACGGCGCUGGUAGAGCACGGCGCUGGUAGAGCACGCCGCUGGUAGAGCACGGCGCUGGUAGUGGGUUCGAUCCCCGGAACCACCCAUACGUAAAAAUGUAUGCGCACAUGACUGUAAGUCGCUUUGGAUAAAAGCAUCUGCUAAAUGGCAUAUUAUUAUUAUUAACCUAAGCCUAACUGUACCCUAACCCUUACUCUACCCUAACCCCUACCCUAACCCCUAACCCUGACCCUACCCUAACUGUACCCUAACCCUAACUCUACCCUGACCCUUUUUUAUGCAUGAAAAGCACUUAUUGUAUAUUUAUUUUAAUUGUACAUAAUUAAUUGUACAUAAUUGGUGCAUUUCCUGCAGUCGAUAUAUUUUUUUGUCAUACCUUGACGGGGGGUAUUUUUUGGCGGCAGGUUGCAGUGUAGAUCAACAUGAAUAUAUUCCUUCACAAUCAUUGUAUUCUUGUUCUAGCUGGGGCUUCACUUGCCUUCAAAAGGAAAACUUAUCCUAAAUUAAAAAUCAAGGGAAUUUCACAAUAAAAGUCUAACCUCAAUUGUGCCUUUUCCUAAAACUAAUAAAAGCCAUCUUAUGUGGACAUCUAGGAGUCACAGCGGAAAUCACCUGUGGGUUUAUGAAAUAAAAGAGGGUUAGAAAACACUGUCUAUGAAAUUAUUGUAUUUAUUUAUUUAUUGGUUUGGUUUGACUCUACCCUGACCCUACCCUAACCCUUACUCUACCCUGACCCUACCCUUACUCUACCCUGACCCUACCCUAACCCUUACUCUACCCUGACCCUACCCUAACCCUUACUCUACCCUGACCCUACCCUAACCCUUACUCUACCCUGACCCUACCCUAACCCUAACUCUACCCUAAACCCUACCCUAACCCUUACUCUACCCUGACCCUACCCUAACCCUAACUCUACCCUAAACCCUACCCUAACCCUUACUCUACCCUGACCCUACCCUAACCCUUACUCUACCCUGACCCUACCCUAACCCUAACUCUACCCUAAACCCUACCCUAACCCUUACUCUACCCUGACCCUACCCUAACCCUUACUCUACCCUAAACCCUACCCUAACCCUAACUCUACCCUGACCCUACCCUAACCCUUACUCUACCCUGACCCUACCCUUACUCUACCCUGACCCUACCCUAACCCUAACUCUACCCUGACCCUACCCUAACCCUAACUCUACCCUGACCCUACCCUAACCCUAACUCUACCCUGACCCUACCCUAACCCUUACUCUACCCUGACCCUACCCUAACCCUUACUCUACCCUGACCCUACCCUAACCCUUACUCUACCCUGACCCUACCCUAACCCUAACUCUACCCUAAACCCUACCCUAACCCUUACUCUACCCUGACCCUACCCUAACCCUUACUCUACCCUGAACCCUACCCUAACCCUAACUCUACCCUAAACCCUACCCUAACCCUAACUCUACCCUAAACCCUACCCUAACCCUUACUCUACCCUAAACCCUACCCUAACCCUUACUCUACCCUGACCCUACCCUUACUCUACCCUGACCCUACCCUAACCCUAACUCUACCCUGACCCUACCCUAACCCUUACUCUACCCUGACCCUACCCUAACCCUUACUCUCUACCAACUGACCCUACCCUAACCCUUACUCUACCCUGACCCUACCCUAACCCUUACUCUACCCUGACCCUACCCUAACCCUUACUCUACCCUAAACCCUACCCUAACCCUUACUCUACCCUGACCCUACCCUAACCCUAACUCUACCCUAAACCCUACCCUAACCCUUACUCUACCCUGACCUACCCUAACCCUUACUCUACCCUAAACCUACCCUACCCUAACCCUUACUCUACCCACCCUACCAACCCUUACUCUACCCGAAACCCUAACCCUAACCCUUACUCUAACCCUAAACCCUACCCCUAACCCUACUUACUGACCACCAACCUUACUCUAACCCUGACCCUACCCUAACCCUUACCUACCACCCUACCUAACCUAACUAGACCCUACCCUACCCUAACCCUUACUCUACCCUGACCCACCCUAACCCUUACUCUACACUGACCCUACCCUAACCACUAAAACUACUAACCCACUAUACCCUACACCUAACCCUUACUCUACCCUGACCCUAACCCUAACCCUUACUCUAACCCUGAACCCUACCCUAACCCUACUCUACCUAAACCCUACCCUAACCCGUACUCUACCCUAAACCCGACCCUAACCCUUACUCUACCCUGAAACCCUACCCUACCUACCCUACCCUACCUACCCUAACCCUAACUCUACCCUAAACCCUACCCUAACCCUCGUACUCACCCUAACCUACUACCACCUAACCCUACACUACCUAACCUCUACCCUAAACCCUACCCUAACCCUUACUCUACCCUAAAACCCUACCCCUAACCCUAUACAUACCAAAACCUAAACCCUACUAACCAUACCUACCCUAAACCCUUACUCUACCCUACACCCUACCCUAACACCUAACCCUAACUACCCUAAACCCUACCCUAACCCUUACUCUACCCUGAACCCUACCCUAACCCUUACUCUACCCUGACCCUACCCUAACCCUUACUCUACCCUGACCCUACCCUAACCCUUACUCUACCCUAAACCCUACCCUAACCCUUAACUCUACCCUAACCUACCCUAACCCUUAACUCUACCCUGACCCUACCCUAACCCUACUCUACCCUGACCCUACCCUAACCCUUACUCUAACCCUAAACCCUACCCUAACCCUACUCUACCCUAAACCCUACACCCUAUACCCUUACUCUACCCUAACCCUACCCUAACCCUAACUUCUACCCUGACCCCCUAAACCCUAACCCUUACUCACCUACCCUAACCCUUACUACCUAACCCUAACUCUACCCUGACCCUACCCUAACCCUUACUCUACCUGAACCUUACCUUAUCUACCCACCCUACCCUAACCCUACUCUACUACCACCGACCCUAACCCUAACCCUACUCUACCCUGACCCUACCCUAACCCUUACUCUACCCUAAACCCUACCCUAACCCUAACUCUACCCUGACCCUACCCUAACCCUUACUCUACCCUGACCUACAACCUUACUCUACCCUGACCCACCCUACCCUUACUCUACCCUGAACCCUACCCUAACCCUAACUCUACCCUGACCCUACCCUAACCCGCUACUACCUAACCCAUACAAACAUACCCUACCCUACCCUAACCCUACUCUACCCUGACCCUACCCUAACCCUUACUCUACACCUAAACCCUACCCUAACCCUUACUCUACCCUGACCCUACCACCUUACUCUACCCUGACCCUACCCUAACCUAACUCUAACCCUGACCCUACCCUAACCUUACUCUACCCUAAACCCUACCCUAACCCUACUCUACCCUACCCUACCCUAACCCUUACCUACCUAACCCUAACCUACUACCCUAACCUCUAACCCUACCCUAAACCCUUACUCUACCCUACAACCUACCCUAACCCUAACUCUACCCUAACCUACCCUAACCUAUACCUCUACCCUAAAACCCUACCACCUGACCCUACCCUUACUCUACCCUGACCUACUAAACCCUAACUCUACCCUGACCCUACCCUAACCCUACUCUACCCUGACCCUACCCUAACCCUACUCUACCCUAACCUACACCCUAACUUAACCUGACCCUACCCUAACCCUAAAUACCCUGAUACCUACUCUACCCUGACCCUACCCUAACCCUAACUCUACCCUGACCCUACCCUAACCUACUUACUACCUGCCCCUAAACCAACCCUACCUCUAACCUCUACCUAAACCCUACCCUAACCCUUACUCUACCCUGACCUACCCUAACCCUAACUCUACCCUGACCUACCCUAACCCUACUCUAACCCUGACCCUACAACCUUACCUAACUAACCUAACUAACUUCCUACCACCUAACCUACUCUACCUACCCUACCACCUUACUUACCCAAACCUACCCUAACCCUUACUCUAACCCUGACCUACCCUUACUACCCUGACCUACCCUAACCUUAUCUACCUGACCCUACCCUAACACUACUUCCUGACCCUACCCAACCCUAACUCUACCCUACCCUCACCUACCCUUACUUACCUAAACCCUACCCUAACCCUUACUCUACCCUGACCCUACCCUAACCCUAACUCUACCCUGACCCUACCCUAACCCCUACUGCAGGGGUCAGCAACAGGUGGCCCGCGGGCCAAAACCCUGACCAUCCACUCGGACAUAAAUCGGCCCGCGGCUAAAUCUAGUUGCCUACCCCUGCUUUACUGUAUCGUAACCCUAGCAAGCUGUUGCAUAUCAACAGUGUUGAUAUUUUGUUGAUAGGUAUUUUAUUGGGGAGCAUCCACCAGUGUUGGGUCAAUAAGGAAGUUAUCUGAAUUUAAAAUAAAAAUAUAUAUACUUUUUUGGGACAUAAAUGAAUACCUUCUCCUUUUCAGAUUACUGACAAGUUAUUGAAAAUAACAAUUAUUGAAUUAAUUGGAAUUUCAGUUUUCUUCCUGAAUUGACUCCCUUCCAAUUCGACUUGACCCCAACUCCACAUAAUGUGUGACCCUUGCUAAUCCCACUCCUGUUAACUGUUUGUCGUCUCCUCCCUCCCCCUGUCAGUUUGACAGCCCUGCUGGGGCCAACCUGUUGGACAUGGACCUGUCCACCCUGGCUCCACCAUGUCAUGGUGGCACAGCCGUGUCCCCAGCCUCUCAGGUGGGUUGGCCCGGUCUGUCAGAUGGCCAGGCAGACAAUAUGUCAAGUGGGCGCUCUGUCAUAUUGGUAUCAGCUCCUACACAGUGGGGAGAACAAGUAUUUGAUACACUGCCGAUUUUGCAGGUUUUCUUACUUACAGAGCAUGUAGAGGUCUGUAAUUUUUAUCAUAGGUACACUUCAACUGUGAGAGACGGAAUCUGAAACAAAAAUCCAGAAAAUCACAUUGUAUGAUUUUUAAGUAAUUCAUUUGCAUUUUAUUGCAUGACAUAAGUAUUUGAUACAUCAGAAAAGCAGAACUUAAUAUUUGGUACAGAAACCUUUGUUUGCAAUUACAGAGAUCAUUCGUUUCCUGUAGGUCUUGACCAGGUUUGCACACACUGCAGCAGGGAUUUUGGCCCACUCCUCCAUACAGACCUUCUCCAGAUCAUUCAGGUUUCGGGGCUGUCACUGGGCAACACGGACUUUCAGCUCCCUCCAAAGAUUUUCUAUUGGGUUCAGGUCUGGAGACUGGCUAGGCCACUCCAGGACCUUGAGAUGCUUCUUACGGAGACACUCCUUAAUUGCCCUGGCUGUGUGUUUCAGGUCGUUGUCAUGCUGGAAGACCCAGCCACGACCCAUCUUCAAUGCUCUUACUGAGGGAAGGAGGUUGUUGGCCAAGAUAUCGUGAUACAUGGCCCCAUCCAUCCUUCCCUCAAUACGGUGCAGUCGUCCUGUCCCCUUUGCAGAAUGACAAAGAAUGAUGUUUCCACCUCCAUGCUUCAUGGUUGGGAUGGUGUUUUUGGGGUUGUACUCAUUCUUCUUCUUCCUCCAAACACGGCGAGUGGAGUUUAGACCAAAAACCUAUAUUUUUGUCUCAUCAGACCACAUGACCUUCUCCCAUUCCUCCUCUGGAUCAUCCAGAUGGUCAUUGGCAAACUUCAGACGGGCCUGGACAUGCGCUGGCUUGAGCAGGGGGACCUUGCGUGCGCUGCAGGAUUUUAAUCCAUGAUGGCAUAGUGUGUUACUAAUGGUUUUCUUUGAGACUGUGGUCCCAGCUCUCUUCAGGUCAUUGACCAGGUCCUGCCGUGUAGUUCUGGGCUGAUCCCUCACCUUCCUCAUGAUCAUUGAUGCCCCACGAGGUGAGAUCUUGCAUGGAGCCCCAGACCGAGGGUGAUUGACCGCCAUCUUGAACUUCUUCCAUUUUCUAAUAAUUGCGCCAACAGUUGUUGCCUUCUCACCAAGCUGCUUGCCUAUUGUCCUGUAGCCCAUCCCAGCCUUGUGCAGGUCUACAAUUUUAUCCCUGAUGUCCUUACACAGCUCUCUGGUCUUGGCCAUUGUGGUGAGGUUGGAGUCUGUUUGAUUGAGUGUGUGGACAGGUGUCUUUUAUACAGGUAACGAGUUCAAACAGGUGCAGUUAAUACAGGUAAUGAGUGGAGAACAGGAGGGCUUCUUAAAGAAAAACUAACAGGUCUGUGAGAGCCAUAAUUCUUACUGGUUGGUAGGUGAUCAAAGACUUAUGUCAUGCAAUAAAAUGCAAAUUAAUUACUUAAAAAUCAUACAAUGUGAUUUUCUGGAUUUUUGUUUUAGAUUCUCUCUCACAGUUGAAGUGUACCUAUGAUAAAAAAUGACAGACCUCUACAUGCUUUGUAAGUAGGAAAACGUGCAAAAUCGGCAGUGUAUCAAAUACUUGUUCUCCCCACUGUACGUGUAUGAUACUUGCUCAGAGCCUGGCUGAGUUCAGUCUGCGUGGAGAGAGAUUCAUUACCACUGUGUAUAGUUGACUCGUUAGCGUUUUCACCAUUUCUGUUCGUUUAGACGUGGGACAUUGCAAGUGCAUGGGGUUGAUUAGACAGACACAGUCUCAGUUUUGUGUGUUUUAUCCAUGUUUUGAGCAUCUCUACCCCUCUCUCCCUCCCUUUCUGUUUUUACCCCCCUGAAGGCGGUAUCAUGGGACACGUGGGAGGUAAGCACAGUCAUCAUACUCCAUAUUGGCCAUAGAUUCCCUCCAACAGGAACUGUCUAGAUGAUACUCUCAGAAUAACAAAAUAGUGCUUUCAGGGUUUUCAGGUUUGCUUUCAGGGUUUUCAGGUUUGCUUUCAGGGUUUUCAGGUUUGCUUUCAUGUCCUAACUAAAUUAUAAUCUCCUCAGCUGUAAAAAAGAAUAGAACCUACAACAAAAGUAUGGAUAUAGCGCAAGAUGUUACCUGGUAGCCUGAAUGCCAGUCUGUUUGUGCCAUCAUACCAUCAUGCCAACUCCAUAGCAAUAGCCUACUUUGAAUUGAAAAAACGUAAUUAUCUAAAACGUAAUUAUCUAAAACCUAAUGAUCUUUCCUAAUUGGUCUUUUCACUUUUUUUGCCACAUCCCCCACUUAUUUUUCAAUUAAUGAAUUCAUUAAAUUAAUUGUUAUUCAUUUCCUGCAUUGAUAUUAUCCCUGAUAAUUGGCUCAUUGCCAUGGAAACCCUGACCCAUUGCUUGGUCACUAUGGCUUCCUAUGGUAUCCUAUGGUAUCCUAUGGCCCAUUGUACCCCAUUUAACUGCCCCUACUCCCUCGCCCCUACCCCCCUACCUUCUAUACCCUCGCUCCUACCCCUACCCCCUACCCCCUACCCCUCGCCCCUACCCCUCGCCCCUGCCCAUUGCCAUGGAAAACCUGGUCUCUAUGGCUUCCAAUGGGUUUCCUAAUGCCAAUGGUCAUGCCCCAUUGUGCCCAUUUAAUUGUCCCUCCCCACCCCCUGCCCCUCGCCCCCCCCCCCCCCCUAGCCUGAGGAAACUCCUGCUCCACCAGAGGAGCCCCAGGGCUGGGAUGAUGAUGGUACCCUGCCGGUGCGUGCUGCCGGCUGGGAUGAUGACGGUACCCUGCCGGUGCGUGCUGCCGGCUGUGGGGAUGACGGUAUAGCUGCCGCCACGGCAGGCUGGGAUGACGAUGGCUCUCUGCCUGUGAGGGUGGAAGACUCCUGGGGGGAUGUUGCUGACUCUACAUCCAUAUCCCCAGCCACUGCUUCCGCUGCCGUGGCCGAGUCUGAGGCUGCUGGCUGGGAUGAUGAGGAUGUGGUGCCCCAGGUACGAUGGGAAAGAGUAGGAUGCAUCUGGAGCUGGGUGGAUGCAUCGGCUACAACACUGGCCUGGUGGUCUAGCAGGAUAGGAUGGAGGAUACUGUAGUUGUAGCUACGUGAUGGUGGAGCUCUCUGGUUCUGUCUGGUUCUGUCUGGUUCUGUCUGGUUCUUGUCUGGUUCUGUCUGGUUCUUCCCAGUAGUAGUAGACAGAGUGACAGGUAUUCUUUUUGAAAAACAGGUCUUCUGACCUCCAAUGGGACUUCCUGGUUAAAUAAAUAGAGCGCUGUGGAUCUUGUUUCUCCAGCUCCCUUCAGUCUUUCAGUCUGGUAACACUGUCUGGCUGUAACAGGGGACAGUUGAUAGACUGCAGUCUGGUAACACUGUCUGGCUGGAACAGGGGACAGUUGAUAGACUGCAGUCUGGUAACACUGUCUGGCUGGAACAGGGGACAGUUGAUAGACUGUGGUGUGUAUUUGAGUGACAUCAUGAUGUGCUGUUUGUGAUAGGUGGUCCUCUCUCUCCUUCUCCAACAGGCUGACACACCCCCAUCAGCUGCUGCAGCACCUACACCUACAGCCACAGCACCAGAGGAGGUAAGUGGCACCUUGAUUAGUAGGUUGGCUGGUAGGUUGGCUGGUUGGCUGGUAGGUUGGCUGGUAGAUUGGCUGGUAGGUUGGCUGUUAGGUUGGCUGUUAGGUUGGCUGGUAGAUUGGCUGUUAGGUUGGCUGUUAGGUUGGCUGGUAGGUUGGCUGUUAGGUUGGCUGGUAGAUUGGCUGGCAGGUUGGCUGUUAGGUUGGCUGGUAGGUUGGCUGGCAGGUUGGCUGUUAGGUUGAUUGAUAGGUUGGCUGGUAGGUUGGCUGGUAGGUUGGCUGGCUGGUAGAUUGAUUGAGUGAUUGGUGAUUGAGUGAUUAGUUGAUUCAAUUAUGAAUCGAUUGAUUGUCCUUAGAGCCCCGCACGGGCCUUCAUUGAAAAGCCCUCCCAUGCCCGCAACGUUCAGGUCCUACCCAGCCUAACCAGGCCCGAUUGCUGCUGCCAAAUUUAAGGCCCGGCCCUGCCCGAAACCGGAAAUAACUUCCUCCAUUAGCUGCUCCUCUCUGUCUGUUAUUCGCUCCCUGCGCCCAGCUCGCUCUGCAUGCGCUCUGCUCAUGGUGGCUCUGAGUCUGUGAGUAUCCAUAGCAACGGCUCCACUUGGGCUGCUCUGAGAGAGCAGUUAGCUGGUAGCUACUUUUCAUCACUCUAAACUCGGAGAAAACUCAAGGAACAGUAUUAUUUUCUGUGAAAUAAUCUGUCCUAUAUUGGACGAGGUUGAAGCGCUUCUGACACCACGUUAUGAUCUUAGUCAGAUAUGACUGUACUGCGCGUCAGAGCACGAGGAAAAUGGCUCAGCUUCAAAACGUUUGUGAUCAGUUUUGUGAUACCCGAACCCUGCCCUUACCCCGGCUCUUAACCUGAUGGAUAAUGGCGGAGCCCGUCGGGCUCGGGUCUGGUGGGAGAACUCUAAUCGUCUCAAUCACACACGUUACUGACACCCGCACAGGCACAAGGUCAAUGAGUGGAUGUAUGGGUACUACAUAUUUACAUGAUGCAUUUCUUUUUCAAGAUUCCUGCUGUAGCAGCAACCAAUGGGGCUUCAGAGGCGGUAGAGAUGCCUCCAGGAUUCCUCUUCAAAGUGAGCGGGGAUGAUGAUGAUGAUGCUGAUGCUGAUGAUGAUGAUGAUAAUGAUGAUGAUGAUGAUGAAUAAAUGCUACGUAGUCUAACAUCUAUCUAUUAUUUCCAAGCGGGGAAUGAUAUGAAACUGAAUUGUACAAUUUUUUUUCUCCAUCGUGUUCAGGUGACCACCAUGCAUGACUAUGCAGCUAACGACUCCGAUGAGCUGGAGAUGAAGGCCGGAGACAUAGUGCUGGUUGUGGCCUUCGACAACCCGGAAGAACAGGUCAGUACAAGCCCACUUCAUCUCAUCUUUACCCACCUCCUUGGCCCUAACCCGUCAAUAUGGUGAAACGCUCCACCACUACACACCUUCAGAUCUGCAAGCAUCGAAGUGUUAGAAACCAAGAGGGAAGAGAGUAACGAUGAAGUACUGCUGAUACUGUCUGCUUUGUGCUCUGCUUACAGGGAACUGACAAAAUAAAGGAAACACUUGAGUAAAUGAGGGAUACAGAGUAUAUUGAACGCAGGGAUUUCCACACAGGUGUGGUUCCUGAGUUAAUUAAGCAGUUAACAUCCCAUCAUGCUUAGGGCCAUGUAUAAAAAUGCUGGGCAGGGCGAUUAUUUUGGCUACCAUGGCUAUGCCCCCAUAGGAUGACAAUGCCUCCAUCCACAGGGCACGAGUGGUCACUGAAUGGUUUGAUGAGCAUGAAAACUACACUGAGUGGACAAAACAUUAGGAACACCUGCUCUUUCCAUGACAGACUGACCAGGUGAAUCCAGGUGAAAGCUAUGAUCCCUUAUUGAUGUCACCUGUUACAUCCACUUCAAUCAGCGUAGAAGAAGGGGAGGAGACAGGUUAAAGAAGGAUUUUUAAGCCUUGAGACAAUUGAGCCAUGGAUUGUGUGUGUGUGCCAUUCAGAGGGUGAAUGGGCAAGACAAAAUAUUUAAGUGCCUUUGAACGGGGUAUGGUAGUAGGAGCCAGACGCACCGGUUUGUGUUAAGAACUGCAACACUGCUGGGUUUUUUCACGCUCAACAGUUUCCUGUGUGUAUCAAGAAUGGUCCACCACCCAAAGGACAUCCGGCCAACUUGACACAACUGUGGGACGCUUUUAACACCUUGUAGAGUCCAUGCUCCGACUAAUUGAGAAUGUUCUGAGGGCAAAAGGGGGUGCAACUCAAUAUUAGGAAGGUGUUCCUAAUGUUUUGUGCACUCAGUGUAUGUAAACCAUAUGCCAUGGCCAUCUCAGUCACCAGAUCUCAACCCAAUUCAACACUUAUGGAAGAUUCUGGAGCGGCGACUGAGACAGCGUUUUCUACCAUCAUCAACAAAACACCAAAUUAUGGAAUUUCUCGUGGAAGAAUGGAGUCGCAUCACUCCGAUAUAGUUCCAGAUACUUGUAGAAUCUAUGCCGAGGUGCAUUGAAGCUGUUCUGGUGGCUCGUGGUGGCCCAACGCCCUAUUAAGACACUUUAUGUUGGUGAUUCCUUUAUUUUGGCAGUGACCUGUAUAUCCGUACUGUUUUGUGUGUGUGUGUGUGUGUGUGUUGCAGGAUGAGGGCUGGCUGAUGGGGAUGAAGGAGGAAGACUGGAUCCAGAAUAAAGAGAGAGCCCUCAAAGGAGUGUUCCCUGAGAACUUCACCUCCAGGCUGUGAGAGAGGAGACGCCAUACUUCCUCUCCUACUAUGACCUCUCUCUCUUCCACAAUAUUCUCUCUUCUCUUGCCUCUCUCUCUUCCCUCUCUUCCCUCUCUCUCUUCCCUCUCUCUCUCUCUUUGUCAGAAUUUGUUCAAGAAGAACAUUACUCUAUUGUCCAAUUUUACAUGUGCACAAGCUCUGACAGAAAUUCAACUUCUGCUUUAUCCCAGCCCCUCCUCUUCUCUCUCUCUUCUCUCUCUCUCUCUCUUCCCUCCCUCUCU